AUGGAUCCUCAUGUGAAUAUGGUUGGUCAUCGUUCAUCAGCAGAACAAAUACCUCAUCGUUCGAAAUAUUACAACCCGAAUGAUUGGCCACUGUCAAACUUCAAAGAGAAAUUCUGGGAAGCCCCGAAGGUGGAAGGACGCUGUAUGAACGUAGAGGAUAUGGACAGUUUCAUGGAAAUCAAUCAUAAAGUAUGCAAAGGAUUGUUGGAAGAUACAGUCUAUCUCAAUGCCCUGCGCGACCGUCAUUUUGAUAUCGCAAUUCAUGAAAUUUACGACUAUUGCGUAGUAGCUGUUCUUGAGAUGAUUGGAAUCAAAAACACCAUAGUCGUAUCGGCAGUAGGUGUCACUUCUCAUGUACAAGAUAUUGCAGGGUUUCCGACCAAUCCCAGUUUUAUUCCGGGU